AUGAAAGAGAAGAAAAGAAAAAAAACGUGCAACAGUCGUUCUUUUUUCUUGCAUUUAUUUCCUGUUGCUAGCUUUCAUCUUUCGUGCGGGUGGCGUUUCGAUAUUCUUUCUUUCUCUCUUAUUUUCAUUUUAUGGAUUGUUUGCUUGCCUCUCUUUCUUGUUUGCGGGCUGUAUUUUCCGUCUUUCCUUUUCGUAUACUUUCAUGUGAAUCUUUCUCUCUUUCUUAGUUUUUUGCUGGCUUGGUUUCUUGCAUUUUUUCUUUCUUUUUUGUGGACUUGCUUACUUGACUUACUCUCUCUUUUUGUUGGGUCUCUUGUUUGCUUCUUUCUUUCUUUCUUUCUAACUGAGCCGCUUUCUUUCUUUCUUUCUUUCUUUCUUUCUUUCUUUCUUUCUUUCUUUUCCCCAACCAUCAUACUAUUUUUCCUCCUUUCUAUUGUCUAUUUCUCAUUUUUUUCCGUUUUCCUCUUCUUUCUUUCUUUCUUUCUUUCCUUUCUUUCUUUCUUUAUUGCUCACUUUCUUACAUGCUUUCUUUCUUUCUUUCUUUCUUUCUUUCUAACUUCUUUCCGCUUUCUUUCUUUCUUUCUGAGCCGCUUUCUUUCUUUCUUUCUUUCUUUCUUUCUUUCUUUCUUUUCCUCAACCAUCAUACUAUUUUGCCUCCUUUCUAUUGUCUAUUUCUCAUUUUUUUCCGUUUUCCUCUUCUUUCUUUCUUUCUUUCUUUUUUGCUCACUUUCUUACGUUCUUUCUCUCUUUCUUAAUUUUUUGCUGGUUUGCUUUCUAACUGAGAUGCUUUCUUUCUUUCUUUCUUUCUUUCUUUCUUUCUUUCUUUCUUUCUUUGUUGCGACCUUUCUACUUUAUUUGUUCCUUUCUUUCCUUAUGGAUUGCUUGCUUGCCUUCUUUGUUUUUUUUUUGUCUUUAUUUUCUUUCUUUUUUAUUUGCUUUCUUCCCUCCUUUUCUUUUUAUGCUCUUUUUUCUUUUCUUCUUUCUUUUCCCUCUUGUUUACUCCCAUUUGCUCAAACUUUAUUGUUUCUUUCUUUUAUAAACCCCAUUAAUAGCUCUUUAUUUUCUUAUUUCACAGUCGAGUGGGCUGGAAGGAUUUCAACUAAACCAAGAAACUAUCUGUUUCUCCUAUCCCCACUAUAUUCUUUUAUGCAUAUCUAUCUAUCUAUCUAUCUAUCUAUCUAUCUAUCUAUCUAUCUAUGUCAAUCUCGAUGGCGUUACUUGAAAUCGUGUCUCAACAAUUAUCUAUCUAUCUAUCUAUCUAUCUAUCUAUCUAUCAUUUCUGAGACUUAUCAAGAUGAUCUAUCUAUCUAUCUAUCUAUCUAUCUAUCUAUCUAUGAUGAUGAUAUCUAUCUAUCUAUCUAUCUAUCUAUCUAUCUAUCUAUCUAUCUAUCUAUCUAUCUAUCUAUCUAUCAUUUCUGA